AUGAAGACGGCCAUCCGGUCGUGGGGCAAGUAUGUGCCGUGGCCCGUGGUUCAGCUAAUGAUGCGCAAGGACGCGGAGGCGAAUAUUGAGGUCUCCGAACGCCAGGUGACGAUGUUCUUCUCAGACAUCGCCAGUUUCACUACCAUCGUUGAAAGCCUGCCACCAAAGAGCUCGCUGCUGCUGCUCAGCCGGUACUUUCAGGAGAUGUCCAAAAUUGUUGAUGCCCAUGGAGGGAUCGUCGUCGAAUUCAUAGGCGACGCCAUCCUUUGCAUCUAUGGCGCUCCAGUGGUGAACGACAGCCACCCAACCGUCGCAGUGCGGGCAGCAGCCCAUACCUCGGUCGAGAUGCUCCAGGCAAUGGGUAGCAUCAACGCCUGGUUGGAUCGACGAUCGCUACCCAGGAUUUCCAUCCGAUGCGGAGUUCACACUGGCAAGGUGCUCGUUGGAAACAUGGGCAUGCAGUCACGGAUCAAGUAUGGCAUUGUGGGUGAUGAGUGCAGCAUGCCCGGUCGGCUAGAAGAGCUCAACAAGACCUACGGCACGCAGUUGCUGGUCUCUGAGACGACCCACACUGACAUGGAAAUUGAGGGUUUCGUGUCGCGUCCCAUUGACUUCAUCCGACGCUCCGCAGAGGAAGGUGGCGAGCAACGCGAGACCGAACAGAUUUUCGAGGUUUGGAAGGCCAACCGGCGGCCCUCCAAG